AUACGAGCCACUUUCUCAGCACCUAUUCCAGGGUUACUGGCGGACGCACUGUAAUAGCUUAUGCGCGUUGGUUAAUCAUCUAACCCAGACAUUUUCAGAAGAGCGGAGAAACAGCCAGAAUAUUCCAGCUCUUGGAGACUCUUAUUGCUCACUGUUCUUAGAUCGUAUUCCAGUCCCUUUCCAGCCCAGCCGUAGCCUCCCUCGUCAGUCUAUAUAUUACAGAGAGGGAAGCAAGAGCGCAGAAUGGCUCAGUUCACCGUCCCGAGCUUUGCAAUGAAGGUUUCUCCCAUUACGAAGACCGACGCCGACGCUCUUCCACCAGGCUGGGAGGUUAAGAUUGACCCCCAGACCGGCUGGUCUUUCUUCGUCGACCACAACACCAGGACGACAACAUGGAGCGACCCGCGACUAGAGUCACAGAAGGAAAGGCAAGGUGUUCACAAUGGCCCUCAUCCAUCAGGAUAUCCACAACCCUCACAGGAUCACUCGAAACUGUGGCAUGGCAAGGAAUCUGGGUCUUCUAGGCCUCAACUUCGUCCAGGCUACAUUCCCAUCCCAGUGAUCCAUGAAGGAGUUCCUGAGCAUUAUUUACAGAAAGUACACUACUCGCCCCAGCAGCCUGACCUGCAGAGACUUAAAAGUGAAGGAAGGGCACCCUCCCUAUUACGGGCACAGUCUCCAUCCAGGCUGUCUGCAAGAGCUGAGUCACCUGCUGGGUCUCCAUUAGAAGCUACACAAGCAGAUAAACAGAGUGGACAAACAACAGCAGCUGCCUCUACUCAGCCUCAAGGGCUGGAGAGUUCACUGUUCCAAAUGAGCCCCCAGACAUUUUCAUCACCGCAGCAAAAUCGAUCAAAAUUAGGAAAUUCCCCGCGGUCUUCAGGUUAUAUUUCUAUACCCGUGAUUCAUGAAGGUGUUGGAGCAAAGCCAAUUCAGCAAGUGUAUCCCCCAGCGCAACAGGCUCAGUACCCAGCGCAUCAGGCUCAGUACCCAGCGCAACAGGCUCAGUACCCAGCGCAACAGGCUCAGUACCCAGCGCAACAGGCUCAGUACCCAGCGCAACAGGCUCAGCAACCUCCACACCAGGCCGAGUACCCAAUCCAACAAGUGCCUCAGCCUGUGCAGCAAGCGCAGUACCCCACCCAGCAGGUGUAUCAUCCCGGCCAGACUGCACAGUACCCUUCCCAGCCAACACAGUACACAGUCCAGCAACCACACCCAGUCGCCUACAAGAUUUCCCCUGAUGACUGGGGGACAACCAGAGCUGGGGCACAGUCACCGUUAAGAAUGACUCGAAAGGAACCAUCAAGUCGUGAGAGUUCUCCAGCUCGGAUGCCGACACAGGGUCGAUCACAAUCACCUAUGGAGAGACCACAGGUUGCCCAGCAACGGGUACAGCAUCAAGAGCCACCCAGAAUGCAACAAGAGAGCAAGUCGAUCUCCUCUGGAUCAGAGCGUCCUCCAGCGUAUAUCCCAAUUCAAGUCAUCAGGCAGCAAGCACAUAAACCUCAGCCUAAACCGGAGAAAGCUGAGAGGAGUACUCCAUCCCCUGCACCGGGUGGCACCCAGCCUGCAGACAGUGUGCCCGAUAAACAGCCCAUUACCACCGAAGCAACUCAGAAGCACCCAGGCCUAAUAAAGGUAGAGAAAAUCCUUCAGAAAGUUCAGAGGCUUGAGGAAGACGUGAGUUUAUUUGAAGGAACAGGAACGGAUAAACACUAUUUGUUGAUUGAAGAACUGCUGACCAAAGAGCUGCUGGCCCUCGAUUCCGUAGACCCUGAGGGUCGGGAUGAUGUACGACAGGCCAGAAGGGAUGGCGUGAAAAAGGUUCAGAACCUUCUAGAAAGGCUGGAAGAGAAAGCCAGUAUGGGCCUAGAAAACAAAAGCUUUCUUGAGCCUCAGCCAGGGAACAUGGGAGGAUCAACUCAGAUGGAUUCUGUAGAACAAGACAAGAGGCACACAACAGCUCCCACCAAAGAAUCAGAAAUGGAAACUGAUCCAGGCAAAAUCAGCUCAAUGAAACCUAGUGAUGCCUGCAACUUUAAAGAUAUUUCAGAUAAAAAUGAACAUUAGUCCUUCAAGAUCAAAAGUGUUGUGAAGUUUUAACAAUGCAUGCCACCAGGAAACCUUUCCAUAAUAUUCUGCCCCAGUAUUAUUUCUCAGUCAUCAAUAUGGGGAGAGAAAAUUACGAACAUGGAACCUUAUCAGUUAAUCCUUGCAAGGCAUCAGUUACUUGCAAUUAAAGCAAAGUAUCAUCGGUGGGUUGUUAAUCACAUGUUAAGCACGCAUCGGAUUUGCAAUGUUUCCUAUGUACUCUCUCCUUUAUGAUUAACCUAGCCAAAGUUACAUAAGUAUGCCACAUGGUGAUGAGUUAGAAAUCCUUAUGAAUUGCCAGAGAACAACCUGAGUUAUACACGUUACAUUUUGCCUGUGUCAGUUUAGUCACUGUUGGGCACUUUAUGAAAGAUUAUUUAAGAGAUUGAAGAGAGUUUGAAUAGAGCCAUAUAGAUUGAAGUUUCUAUAUUGUAUAAAGGAAGCAAUAAAUAUAGAUUGCAUUUGCAUUGUGCCAUAUUUCUGUUUUUAAAAACAACCAGAAAUCAAUAACAGCUUAUAUAUUUUUGCUUGCAGAGAAUAAUUUGCUUUCCAAAUAUUGUGGAUUUUUAUGUGCAAAAAAACAUAGUACUAGAUUUUUACCUUACUUACUUACAGCCUAUUACGUUGCUGGCGUUUACAGCAGCAAUGAAGCUCCUCCUUCUUCGUGGUGUUUAAGGCUUCCCUCAUCAUGUCAGUAGCUUCCUCUCGGUUUUCACUACUGUCAGUCAUGGAGACUCAGGAAUACCAUAGCACUCAGAUGUGGAAGGAUUCUUCAUUGCUGUUUCUGGAACAAUCUUGUUUUACCAGUCAGGGUUGUUAGCCCUGAGCUGAACCCCCAAACCUGGAGGACCAGUGGACCACUCUUUCUAACCUGUUUGGCAUGGGUGACCCUACCAAGAGCCAAAGCAUAAAUCCCUGAUUCCAGCCAACAUACCUCCCGUAUCCUACUCCAAUCUAGCCAACUGUAAUUUCAAAUUGGAAUCACAAAGACAUCCACAUAAAAACCAUGGGGCCCUUUUCAAAUAUACAUAAGAGGCGCUGAUUAUGUAUUUGGAAUCUGAUCUGCAAUUUAAUUUGGGCAUGGCCAAGGUAGCUGUUUACUGGAGUAGAAGCCAAAGCCAUUUCCUUGUGAGCCAAACCCGAUAAACAAAGUGAAAGUGUUUCAAAAAAAUCCAGAAGUGCAAAGGAAAUGUAAAUCUGUAGGAAGGGAUGGCCUUAAAAGAAAAGUUUGAAUCUUUUCUACUGCCCACCCAACCUUCCCUCCCCCACCCAUCCUCUUGGACUUUGGGUGGCUGCCUCCAACUAGCAUGAUCUUAACAAGCGGGAGGCUCCUUCCCGCCAAAUUCCAGGUCGCUUUGGU